AUGCCCUUGGUUCAGUACUCGGAUUCUGAGUCCGAGUCAGACGAAGCGGAUGUCUUGACACCCUCAGCCAAAAGGCCCUGUCACAAACAACCGACAUCGGACAAGACAUCGUCAAGUCUCCCUCCACUCCCAGCAACAUUCCAUGAUCUAUAUGCUUCGGCUACGCGGGUUAGCACUCAAGACGAUCCAAGCCUUCAUGGGGGUCGAAAGCGAGUAAUUCCUCAUGUCGAAGGAAAUUGGCCAACUCACCUCUACCUUGAAUUGUAUCCAUCAAAGGAGGAGCUGGUACUUCUUGGAAAUUUGAUACCUCAGUCCUCAACUUCACAGCCAGGGGUUCAAAGUCUCCUACACAGCGAUCUUGGCGCGCAGCUGCCCCUCCAUAUCAGCCUAUCCCGACCAGUUGUCCUUCGCACCGAACAGCGCAGCUCUUUUGAAAUAUCCUUAAAGAAAGAAAUAGAGGAAUCCCAAAUAGCACCAUUUGCAUUGAAACCUAAUGGACUGAAGUGGGUGUCCAACUAUGAGCGGACACGCUGGUUCCUUGUACUACGAGUUGGGAAGCCUGGACCUGACAGUUUGAAUGGUCUAUUACGCCUCUCGAAUCGUGUACUGGCUCGAUUUGGCCAGCCGCCUCUCUAUGCAUCGCAUGGCAAUCAACAUAAUCAAGACUUCUCCGACUAUUUUCACAUUUCACUUGCAUGGGCACUGAAAGAGCCUUGUCAGGAAGAGAAGGAUCGUGUUGCAGCGACUGACUUGAAACCACUUCAGGAUCUUUGGGUCCGUCGCGCCCGCGUCGCGCUAAAACCUCCCUUUACAAUCUCCUUGGAAAACGACGAUGCAGAUCCCAACAGUCACCUUGAUCUCCAAGCCUUUCAAGCGCAGCACUUCCCAGGACAUGAAACUCUCGGCGCGCCUGCAAACGAACCCGAAUAUGACGAGGACGCUGGCGGCGAUGAAGACCUGGGCUAUUACCCCGAUGGGGUAAAACGGACUCUCACCGAUGAUCAGAUCCGAAUAUUCAGACACAGCGAGAUCCACUCGUUGCUACGCGCAAGGCAACUCGAACAAGACGAUGCCGAAUACGAGGCUCGUCAAGAGUUGUCAGCGAAGGAUCAUCAGGCGGUCGCGGAGAAGUCCCAAGAGGACGGAUUGGCCUCCAAAGCUAUUAAGAGCAAUGAACACACGAACAAGGAGGCGAACGUCCCUGCUGCCAAGAAGUCCAAAAGAUCAGCUGAGCACGACUUGAAUAGCACCAUGUCCGACCCCCUCAACUACGAGAAGCUCCCAGGAUCAUCUGGACAAAGACAACAAUCACGGAAUCAGCACCCAUACCCUGGGCGGAGGAUCAUUUCCUAUGAUGACUGA